AUGGAAAGUUGGCCUACGUUACCGUACCGUAGGAAUUUAAAGGGGGAUAUAAGUAUAAGAACGCGGAGACGGGGAGUCGUUCGCGGUAGUGUCAAGCAUAAACGCACCGGCACCACACCCAGUGUGCCCACCAUUGCGAAACAAGACACGACCAUGCGCGUCGCGGUGAUCUUAUUGGCGUGCGUCGUUGGACUCUCUACGACACAAUUUACGGAUGGAGGAGUUGGUGGUAACCCGCAAAGAGGCCAAUUUCCACCUGCAGCUAUUCGAUCUGCUCGAUAUCAGAGGUUACCGAUAGCACGACCAAGUGCACCUUCGCAAUCAGUAUUUGUUAAUCAACGAUUACGUCGUCCAAUUGCGUUCAGAUCAAGAGGAGGUGAGGAUGGUCAAACAACAGCAUCAUUUGCAGCAGUGAGACUCAGUAAACCAGGGGUACCAGCAACCGCAUCAUCACCGAAUUAUCCUCAGCAGAUAAAACCAGUAAAAGAAGAUAGCGAAGAAGAUGAACGUUCGCGUGAAGGAUUCCGUGAUCAUCAUGAACGCGAGGAAGAUCGUAGCUUUGAACCUGACGAGGAUGAGGAAGAAAUUAGCGAGGAAAAUGUUUCAAGAUCGAUCGGUAAUACAGGUUCGAAUGAUUCGCAAAGACAAUCAAGUGGACCAUCGGCAACGCAACAACAACAACAAUCGUCUGGUCCAGGACAAUAUCGUUCUUCUUAUCAAACUGCAUCUGUUCCGGUAUCAUCGACUGGUAGAGGAAGUGCAUUAGCUCAACAAGCACCUUCUGUUCAAUAUAGGACAACACCAAAACCAACGAAACCUAGAAAACAACCGAUCGUUGAUGAAUCACCAUUUAAGGAACAAAUAAGAGGUUCUCCACCUAAACCUUCUAAACCUACACAGAUUUAUGAUAAUCGUGGAAAGAAACCUGUAGCACAGAUAAUAAGAAGAUAUCGUAAUGACAAUUCCGAUGGUUCGAUCACCUGGGGUUUCGAGAACGAUGACGGUUCAUACAAGGAAGAAAUUAUUGGUACAGAUUGCAUAACUCGUGGCAAAUAUGGAUACGUUGAUCCGGAUGGUCUUAGACGUGAAUAUACUUAUGAGACUGGAAUUAAAUGCGACGAGGAACAAAAGGAGGAAGAAGAAGAAAAUGGAUUCGUUGAUUAUCAAGAAAACAAAUUAGUUUUACCCGAUGGUAAAACCAUUGAUCUUUCGAGUAUGGGUAAAAAACAAUCACGUCGUCCACGACCUACUUACGGACACUAAUAAUACAGAUUAUUAUUAUAAUCCACGUUUAUUUAGGUCAUAGUAAGAAAAGCUAACGGAGAAAGAGAGACAUACACAUUUGAAAAGUUCAAUCCAAUAUUUCUAGAAAUAGAAAGACUUUUAAAUACUUAAUCAAUUUCUUAAGAACACCAUUAUAUAUACACUAUCGACAUAGUUCUUACGAAAAUUCCAUGUUCUGAUUCUAGAAAUAAUUUGUUCUAUAUAUUCUUAUAUACAUUUACAUUGCAAGCACAUAAAAUUGUAGAAGGAAAAGUUGUAGGAGAAAUUGUGGUAGGAAAAAGAAAAAAAACGUGAAAUACGCGUAGUUAAUAUUUAUCAUUUUUUUUUUUUGUGUAGAUUCAAGAAAGUUAGAUCAUCUGCUUUCGAUUUUUAUUUUUAUCAAUCCCACGUUCCCGACCUUUCCCCAAACUCUGCCAUGCACGCAUUCACGUCGGCGAAUGAUUAAUAAAUUAGUUAUUUAGUUUGAUAUAUCUACGAGGUGUAUAUUUAUACAUAUUGAUGUACCUGUAUAUCGAGUCGAUCGAAUAAAAAAUAAUAAAAAUAUCAUUUACAA